CGCGGUAGUUUUGUGAAGAGUGAAGGCCUGAAACUACUAUUCCCAGGACUCCUCGCGGCUUCCCAGGUUACUUUGCAGAGGCAUGGCGGAUAGUGUGUGAAUGUCAGUACGGAAGGUAAUUAAAGCACUUUAAUUCGAGUAAAAAGAGCUCGGAAGGGAAGAGGAGGUGGACGAGCCUCUUUCGUGAGCUAACGUUUUUGCCGAACACGCCGUGCAGAAUCGCCGGUGUGACUGUGUGGCUCUGAGUACACCCCGGCUGCGUGUGUAUUGGGUAGUGAAGCUUUGCUGGACGUUGUUGGCACCUUCCCAAAGCGGAGCAUUUUCCUGUAAUCAUGAUCUGUACUUUCUUACGAGCUGCACAGUGUGCGGAGAGGAUGCGCAGGUCGUCGGGGAAGCGGCUGUUCCCGCCACACUUAGUGCUUAACAAAGCUUGCUUGAAGACUGCGCCCAGCUUGAGCUGGGGUCUGCAAGAGCGAAAGAGAACGGGGCUACCGAAGUGUCUCCUUGGAGUCGUCCAGAAGACCCUCUGGACGCAGGGGCAGAGUGCCCAGAGGGUAGGGGACGACAGCAGCAAACAGGUGUCUGUGCACAGUCAGAGAGGGGAAACCGUCGUCUCAACGUCACAGAAAGUGAAAGAAGCCGGAAGAGACUUCACCUACUUGAUGGUGGUGCUCUUUGGGAUCAGUAUCACAGGUGGCUUGUUUUACACAGUUUUCAAAGAACUUUUUUCUCCAUGGAGUCCUAAUAAGGUCUACGGGAAAGCCUUAGAAAAGUGCAGAUCACACCCUGAGGUCAUCAGCGUCUUGGGCGAGCCCGUGAAGGGCUACGGGGAGGUGACGCGCCGUGGGCGGAGGCAGCACGUCAGUUUCAUCGAAUAUGUGAAGGACGGGCUGAAACACAUGCGGGUGAAGUUCUACAUCCAGGGCUCUGAGCCUGGGAAGCAAGGAACCGUGCACCUGGAAGUGAAGGAGAACCCAGAAAGUGGCGAGUAUGAAUUUCGGUACAUAUUUGUCGAACUCGAGCCCUUCCCCAGAACUAUCAUCGUCGAAGAUAAUCGAUCCUGAGGCGGUUGCAGGACCCCGGCAAGCACGGCUUCCGGGCGGAGGGGGCCGGGGGCGGACCCCCAGCUCUGCUCUCCCCCACUGCCCCCGCGUCUGCGGGAUAAGACACGACAGAGUGUGUAGCACAGGGAAGCGCACGGAAGUGGGUCGUCGUCGCAUGUAGACACGCUGCCUGGAGGUUCUCGUAGACGGCAAAAUCCCGAAAUAGAACAUAGUCUGUGCUGUCUCUGACUCGAUCACGGACAGUAUUUCUGCUCUAGUUAAUAUCCUCUUUCAAGAUAUGAAAACUUUGUUAUUAAAAACUUUACACCUUGU